AUGGGUCAUAUCACCCGUCGCUUCUCCAUGGCCGCGGCGCAGCAACCAAUCAGUGGACUUUUGCAGCACAGCCAACUCAACCGCGCGUCGUCUCGGCGAACCGCGCCAUCGCGUGCUGCUCUCCUCUCACCGCUCCGCCUUCUCGUCGCGUUCGCGUUGCUAUUCGCCAGCAUCCAUCGCGCAGCGGCCGAAAUUCGCGAGAUCGAAGUGUCUUUGAGCAACGCGCCGUGGGUUCUGCUCGGCCGAUUCGGCUUUAACGGUCAUGGGAUCGUCGAUCUCUCCGUCUCGCAUCUCCGCGUGUACUCUCCGGAAAAAUCAACGGCUCCUGACACGUAUUCCAUGGGAUUCCUUCUCGCCAGCCAAUCAGCUGCUUGGGAGGUGGAGACGGGGAUCGUUCCCGGGGUAAAUUCAGGAAACGGUACAGUAGGUGGCUUCUGUCCGUUAACGAGUCUCAACAUUACGAAGAUUUUCAGCGUGAUGGAAAUGGACGCUCCUAAGAAAGGCUCCGAGCGGCCGACUAAGACGAUCCAGGUCUUCGUGCCUGGCGCCGGGUUUUACGGAGUCUACAUGGUGAACUGCGCGCCGACGCGUCUCCUCUCCGCGCACGUCUCCCUCUCCUUAUACAACACUAAUCCCGGCGCUCCCGCCAACGCGCCGCCGGUCAAAUACUACCUCUCCGCAGGCACCAUCGCGCUCGCGUUCGUGCACGCGAUCUGCGGGCUGACGUGUCUCGCCGUGCUGUGCGCGUGGCUGGCACACGUCCUCAAAAUCUGGUUCCACCCCGUCGUCCCCCUCACCUUCCACCUCCUCCUCACAGCGCUUCUCCCGGCGCUCGGCGCGCUCUUCUUCGCGCUGGCCGCGCGUCUCUUCGUGCAGCAGUCCACAGGAAGCAGCCCAGGGAUCGACCUCGCAGCGGAUGUUCUCCUCGUCGUGUGCAUGGCGCUGCUCCUAGCGGCGUUUUUCGCCGGGAUUGGCAGUAUAGACCCGUACAUGUCCGAUCUAGAGCGCGCCGUGCUGUUCUUCGCGGUGCCUGCGACGGUUGUUUCGCUGCUCGGACUCUCCCUCGUGUCCCCGGACAGCCUCAGCUUCGUUGUAAGCACCUCCGUUACAAGCACCGCCAGCAGCAGCGCCAGUAGCAGCGCAGCAGUGACUGGAGGCAGCAUGUUGACGUCCACGUUGCUUCCGGACACCCUUCCGUCGUUCACCGUCGUUCUCUCCGUCAUUCGCCCGCUCCUCUUCUUCCUCCUCGCAGCAGCAGUCGCAGUCAUCACUCUCCUCCUCUUCCUCGCCCUCCUCCUCUCCUGCCUCCAAUGCCUCGCCUCCCGCCGUCCCGGCGCCAACAGCAGCGGCGGCGGGGGAGGCAUGAAACGCAUGGGUGGAGGUGGUGGUGGCAGCAGCUAUGCCCUAGACGACAGGGACACAGACGGUCCCUUGGAGAAAUUUUACGUGCAGGCGUGCGCGCUGCUGCUGCUCGCAGGGGCGGUGUCCGUGCUGCUGCGCUGGUGCCUGCCGUACGACCUGGUUACCUGGUUACCGCAGGCGCUGUGGCAGGCGGCGCUGCUGCUGCUGCUGGUGUGGGUGCUGCACAGGUUCCGGCCAAGGGCAGAGCGAUCAGUGUACCAGCUGUUUGAUGAGAAUGAUGUGAUGGACGAGGAACUCAGCGAGCUGUGA